AUUUAGAUUCAUCUCACAUACCACUUUGCUUCUUCUUCACAACCCCAUUUUCCUUUCUCUUUCCUUCUCAACACAUUUUCUCCAAUGGAGGUUGGAAGUGUUCUUCAUUUUCUUCAAAACAAAACCAUUUUAAUCAUUGGAGCCACAGGCUUUCUUGCCAAAAUUUUUCUGGAGAAGAUAUUGAGGGUUCAACCCAAUGUUAAGAAGAUUUAUCUUCUUUUGAGAGCCUCAGAUGCCAAUUCUGCCACUUAUCGAUUGCACAAUGAGAUCAUAGCGAAGGACUUGUUCAUUGUGCUAAAGGAAAAACUGGGUGCAAAUUUUAAGUCCUUCAUUUCUGAAAAACUGACUCUGGUGCCGGGGGACAUUUCCAUUGAGGAUUUGGGUUUGAAAGAUUCAAUUCUGAGGGAAGACAUCUGCAAUCAGACGGAUGUUAUAGUCAAUUUGGCUGCAACUACCAACUUUGAUGAAAGGUACGAUAUAGCUUUGGGUUUAAACACCUUUGGGGUCAAGCAUGUCAUGAACUUUGCCAAACAGUGUACUAAACUGAAAGUGCUUGUUCAUGUAUCAACAGCCUACGUAUGUGGUGAGAGAGGUGGACUCAUUCUAGAGGACCCCUAUCACUUUGGUGAAACACUAAAUGGAGUGUCUGGCCUAGACAUCGAUGCAGAAAAGACCAUUGUGUGUAACAAAUUGGAUGAACUAAAAGAACAAGGAGCCACAGAACGUGAUGUUAAAAUAGCCAUGAAGAAUCUGGGUAUCACCAGGGCAAAGGUGUAUGGAUGGCCAAACACUUACGUGUUUACAAAGGCAGUUGGAGAAAUGCUUGUGGAAAAACUGAAAGGAAACCUAUCUGUUGUUAUUCUGCGACCUACCAUUGUCACAAGCACAAUGAAAGAACCUUUUCCUGGUUGGGCUGAGGGUGUCAGAACCAUUGAUAGUUUAGCUGUUACUUAUGGGCAAGGAAAGCUAACAUGUUUCCUUGGAGAUAUCAAUGGAGUUGUGGAUGUGGUCCCAGCAGACAUGGUGGUGAAUGCUAUGCUAGUGGCCAUGGUAGCUCAUGCAAAGCAGCCAAGUGAUAUCAUAUACCACGUGGGUUCCUCUGUUAGAAAUCCAGUCACAUACUUGAAUCUCCAAGACUUUGGAUUAAAAUAUUUCACUGCAAAACCAUGGAUAAGAAAGGAUGGCACACCAGUCAAAGUUGGCAGAGUAACUGUGCUCACCAGCAUGGAUAGCUUUCAGAGAUAUAUGUUCAUCCGUUACCUCCUUCCAUUAAAGGGACUGGAACUGGCGAAUGCUGCACUUUGUCAGUAUUUUCGGGGAACAUAUCUUGAGCUGCAUAGGAAGAUACAAGUUGUGAUGCGGAUGGUUGAACUUUACAGACCCUACAUGUUCUUUAAGGGCCUAUUUGAUGAUAUGAACACAGAGAAGUUGAGAAUGGCAGCAAAACAAAGUGGGACAGAGACAGAUCUGUUUUACUUUGAUACAAAAGAUAUUAAUUGGGAUGAUUACUUUAUGAAGACCCAUAUUCCUGGCAUUGUCAAGUACAUUUUCAAGUGAUGUUCUACUUAUAGUAAUUGCUGAAAGUAGUAAACUUUAUCAUGUUUAGAAAAACUUCUCCAUAAAACUUACAAAAAUAAUAAGGUAAAAUGAAUUUGAGUUUAUAUAGUUCCACUUAAAGAAAGAGUUUUAAUCAAAAUGAUGAAGCUAAAUUGAUUUUUGUGAAAGUUCAUCCAAUGUUACCUUUUUAUUUUUGUUUAAGUUUUUACGGAGAAGUUUAUCAAAAACAUGUUUAAGUAUAAUAUUGUGCUAGAGGGACAACAUUGGUGCUAUUUAUUUCUCAAGAUCAGUGUAAUGGGUACUGGCUAAAUGCUAAUUAAGUUUGGAAAGUUUGAUUAAGUGUAGCAAAUAUCAUCAUGAUUGAUAUGUUUUGCUCUCUUCUGCAAUUAAUGGUCUCCAAUGGAGUUUGUGCUGUUUUUA